AUGGCCAAGGGAGUUGCUAAUAUUUCAAAUUCUUCUGGUGAAAUUAGCGAUGGUACUAGUGAGUCCAAUAAAGAUCCUUUGCCAAAUUUCGACGGUGCCCCUAGUGCAUCUGGGGCAUCCGAAAAUACCAGGCUAUCUGCCAAUCAAACAUAUUUUGCAGAGAACAGAAUUAAAAUUCCCGAAUCAUCACAUGAGGGUUUUAGCUUUAAAAAAUUAUGGGCAUUUACUGGUCCUGGGUUCUUGAUGUCCAUCGCAUACCUGGAUCCAGGAAACAUAGAAAGUGAUCUACAAAGUGGUACAGUAGCUCAAUACAAAUUGUUAUGGGUAUUACUUAGUGCCACCCUGUUGGGUCUUCUCAUGCAAAGACUAUCAGCAAGAUUGGGUGUUGUAACUGGUCUACAUUUAGCGGAGAUGUGUUACAGACAAUACAGGAAACUACCGCGUUUGAUUGUGUGGAUCAUGAUCGAAAUUGCCAUCAUAGGUAGUGAUAUGCAAGAAGUGAUAGGCACAGCUAUAGCGAUAUAUCUUCUAUCAAACAGGGUGAUUCCCAUCUGGGCAGGAGUCCUUAUAACCAUAAUAGACACUUUCACCUUCCUGUUCCUGGACAAAUACGGUCUGCGAAAGCUCGAAAGCUUCUUCGCGUUCCUCAUCACAAUCAUGGGUAUCACGUUCGGUUACGAGUACAUAACCUCCAAACCGAAUGCGAUAGGAGUGAUGGAGGGUAUGUUCAUACCCUGGUGCAAGGAUUGCGAUUCGAGAGCUCUGCUCCAAGCAGUCGGUAUCGUAGGUGCUGUCAUAAUGCCUCAUAAUUUGUACUUGCAUUCAGCCCUUGUGAAAUCCAGAGAUAUUGAUAGAUCAAAACCUGAGAAAGUCAGGGAUGCCAAUAUGUAUUAUUUCAUUGAAGCAGCUGUCGCAUUGCUAGUCAGUUUCGUUAUCAACGUAUUCGUCGUGUCUGUUUUUGCUCAUGGGCUGUUCCAAAAAACAAAUGCACAAUUACACCAGGCGUGUCUCGCACAUCCAACCAUCAAUGCAUCCAUAUUUCCCAUUAACAACGAAUAUGUGGAUGCCGAUCUAUAUCGCGGUGGAAUAUUUCUAGGAUGCACCUAUGGAUUGGCAGCCAUGUAUAUUUGGGCUCUCGGCAUUUUAGCAGCAGGACAAAGUUCCACAAUGACCGGUACGUACGCUGGUCAGUUCGCGAUGGAGGGCUUCUUGAACCUGCAAUGGCCCAAAUGGAAGAGAGUGCUCUUCACCAGAACGAUCGCCAUCGUUCCGACCUUCUGUCUGGCGUUCUUCAGCAAUCUCGAAGAUCUGACGAGCAUGAACGACAUCCUCAAUGCCGUGAUGAGUCUGCAGUUGCCAUUCGCGACAAUUCCUACCAUAGCGUUCACCAGCAAUCCCCAAAUAAUGGGCGAGUUUGUCAAUGGAAUUGGAAACAUGGUGGCGUCGAUAUUGCUCAGCAUCGUAGUCAUCGGCAUCAACACCUACUUCGUAGUGAACACGAUGAACGAGCUGGACUUGCAUUGGUUCUCGCUCCUCCUCGUCAUCGUCGUCGGCAUAUUCUAUCUCCUCUUCUGUCUUUAUCUGGUCGUGCAUCUGAUCGUGUCGAUAGGGAAUACGAGACUGUUGCGGUACGAUUUCGUUAACAAGUAUGUGAUAGGGCCCGUGGACGCUACUUUGGACAUAAGCCCGAUUAGUUAUUCUAGAUCUCAAUCUGAAUCAACUAUAGGAACUGAAAUCAUAGAAGAAAAGCGAUUCUAA